UAUCAAGGUAAACCAAGAAGGAGAAAGAUGAUGAUAAUGAUGGGAGAAAGAGACGUUUUCACGUUAAUUGUAGAUUGUUGAGUUUUCCAAUUUUUUAAUUCGUGGUCAAACACAAUUUAAAAACAGUCUUAACAAGUAAAUUAAUUUAUUUCAAUCUGCAAACCAUAUGAUUAGAUAUCAAUAGUUUUUACUCGAGGAAAAAAUACAUUGACUAGAUUGCCAUCUAUUAUUUGAAAUAAUAGAUGAAAAUUUUCAAUCUAAAUUAGUCCAAUCACUUUUCUUUACCCUUUAUCCUUUGAGCUUCAGUUGUUUUUAAAUCGGUUUAAAUACAAAGUUUAUUUUGCCCUUUCCCUUCAUUCUCUUUCUUUUAUUUAAUUUAAUUUAAUUUUUUCAGUUCUUCUUCCAUCAUUAAUUCUUAUACAUCGAACUUUUUUUGUUCUUUCACCUUUUCCCUCAGUUUUUCCCAAUUGAUUUUUGUGUAUCGUCUUAUUGGAUAAAGACACCAUCAAGUUACAAGAGAAGCCAAAAUGUUGACAAAUUUAAUGAACACUAUAAAUUAUGUAUAUUAUGAAGUGUGGCAAGAAAAGGGUGACCCUCGAGUGGACUCGUACCCCUUGCUCCAUGGUGGACCCUGGAAAGUGUUGACCAUUGUUGGUUUAUACAUCUUCUUUGCCAAAUACUGGGGACCCAAAAUGAUGAAAAACUCGGCUGCAUGGGAAUGUCGUAAAGCCAUGAUUAUCCACAACUCGGUGUUAAUUGUGCUCAAUUUAAUAGGUUUCGUCUUUGGCCUUGUGGUAACCUCAUUUGGAGCCGAAGCUUGGUCCUGUAAAUCUCUGGAUACCAGUGAUGUUUCCCUAAAAACCCGUUUAACCAUUGCUUUGGGUUACCUUUAUUUUAUAACCAAAUUUAUGGACUUUCUCGACACUCUUUUCUUUGUGCUUCGCAAGAAAAAUUCCCACAUUUCUGGACUCCACGUUUUCCAUCAUGCCAUUAUGCCUCUCACUGCAUGGGCCGGUUGUAAAUUUUUCCCCGGCGGUAACUCAGCCAUGACUCCAUUGGUAAACUCGUUUGUACAUGCAGUCAUGUACACCUAUUACCUUUGUGCUGCUCUCGAUAUACCCAAGGAAAAGUAUAUUCAUCUUAAACGCCAUAUAACCGAAGUUCAAUUGAUACAAUUUACCCUGGUUCUAUCACAUUCCCUUUACUCCUUGUUAAAUCCAUCCUGUGAAUGGCCCCGAGCCAUGGCAAUUGCUGAAGGUGCUGAAGCCAUUACCUUUCUUAAAAUGUUUUCCGACUUUUAUAUCCAUACCUAUUUAACCAAAAAGGUUAAAGACAAAUCAUCCUAGGUUAAUCAAAUUGCCACCCUAAUCUUUCAACCUUUUUUUUCAAUCCUUUCCCUUUUUGCUACUCUCUUGUUAAAAAUUUUUUGUAUUCCAUGUCACACUUGUUUGCUUGUUAAUUUGGUAAUAGAUUAACUGAAAAAAGAGAAAAAAUUAAAUUGACUAAAUUAAUUGAAACUUGAACA